AUGUCAGAUGCGCAGCGGUGGACACUAGGCUCUGAAAUCACCAUCAAGGACUUAAAGGAGAAGAAGGAAGUUGUGGAGGAGGCAGAGAAUGGAAGAGACACCCCUGCUACUGGAAAUGCUAAUGAGGAAAAUGGGGAGCAGGAGGCUGACAAUGAGGUAGAGGCAGAAGAGGAAGAGGGUAGUGAGGAAGAAGAGGAGGAGAAAGGUGAUGGUGAGCAGGAGGAUAGAGAUGAGGAUGAGGAGGCUGAGGCAGCUAUGGGCAAACAGGCAGCUGAAGAUGACGUGGAUGAAGAUGUUGAUACCAAGAAGCAGAAAACCGAUGAGGAUGAGUAG